AACAACUGUCCUCAUUCAGGACUUUGCCCUAGUUCGGUACUUGACAGAAUGAAAAUGUAGAAACACACGGGAAAAUGCCCAUUGGGAGUACAUUCCAGCAAUUCCUGACCCGCUUCAUUCCCCCACCUUCACCACUCCCCCACGAUGGGGGGGAGAAAAUUCCAGUAACGGGGCCCACGACGGUUUAUACUUGAGACAAGAGAGGAGGAAACCUAGAAAAGGAUCCCUCCCGUGUUUCUUUCAUCCCCGGAGGCCUGCUUGUUCCUUGCUUGGUGAAAUCAGUCUUGCUUUCUAGGCUGAGAUACUUGCAACGUUUUGCAGGAAGAAGAAAAACAGUUGCUUAGUCGUCUUCCACAGGGAUGUAUGUGUCCCAAGCGCGCUGCAGGCUCCCGCCAGCCGCCACCAGGGAACAAUUACUGCUCCUGUUGUUUUCAGCUUUGCGCCUGCGUGAUGGGCAGCGCUGGCGUUAAGUGCUAUUUGGCGAAUAGUAAGGGCGGUAUUUAGAAAUGACCUGAACUCGUACUUCCCAUUUUGCAGCAUGACUGUGGAGGGUCGUCCGAUUCGAAGGGCAAGGGGCUUCCUGUGCCAGGCAAGGAGAGUCCGUGACCGAGUCGCAAGAAAUGAUGGAAAUAGGAAGUUUUCCUGUUGCUCUUUUCCAUGAGAGGUUAGUCCCAAAGUGACGAUGACGCAGUGAUUAAGCAGAGGCCAGGAAGAAACAGAGUGGAAUGCACGGAUUCACAGAGCCGGGAACCCGGGGGCGGACCCCCAGUUUUCAAAUUUGCAGCAAGUUGGAGAAGCCUUAGGCAAGCGAGAGGUGGGGAGUGCUUUGAUUCACCUAAUCAAUCCCUACUCAAGCAUACAUUUGCUGGAAGCAAGGAUGAAAGAGUACUGUGAAGGUUAGCCCAACAUCCUCAUUUCAGAAAGAGAACUGACUUCUGAGAAAUGCAGCUCAGCUGGCAUCGACGCACAUCAGGGUGCUGCCUGGAGCCCAGGCCUGGCUCCAAACCCAUGAAAAUUGGCCAAGCAUAAAAGCUUCUCAAGAAUGAGAUGGAUCCUGGGGCAUCUUCCCCCGAGAAGCUGGAUAAAGAGAAUUUAGUGGGCAUCAGCAGUAAACGGCUUGGUGUCUGUGGCUGGAUCCUGUUUUCCCUUUCUGUCCUGUUGAUGAUCAUUACCUUCCCCAUCUCCAUAUGGAUGUGCUUGAAGAUCAUUAAGGAGUAUGAACGUGCUGUUGUAUUCCGACUGGGACGCAUCCAAGCUGAUAAAGCCAGAGGGCCAGGCUUGAUCCUGGUCCUGCCCUGCAUCGAUGUGUUUGUCAAAGUUGAUCUCCGAACUGUUACCUGCAACAUUCCUCCACAAGAGAUCCUCACCAGAGACUCUGUGACUACCCAAGUGGAUGGAGUCGUCUAUUACAGAAUCCAGAGUGCUGUCUCUGCAGUGGCUAACGUCAACGAUGUCCACCAAGCCACGUUUCUGUUGGCUCAGACGACUCUGAGAAAUGUCUUAGGGACGCAGACCUUGUCCCAAAUCUUAGCUGGCCGAGAGGAGAUCGCCCACAGCAUCCAGACCUUACUUGAUGAUGCCACCGAGCUGUGGGGGAUCCGGGUGGCCCGAGUGGAAAUCAAAGACGUCCGGAUUCCCAUGCAGUUACAGAGAUCCAUGGCAGCCGAGGCAGAGGCGACCCGGGAAGCCAGGGCCAGGGUCCUUGCAGCAGAAGGAGAAAUGAAUGCUUCCAAAUCUCUGAAGUCAGCCUCCCUGGUGCUGGCUGAGUCCCCCAUAGCCCUGCAGCUGCGUUACCUGCAAACCUUAACCACCGUAGCCACAGAGAAGAAUUCCACCAUUGUGUUUCCUCUGCCCAUGAAUAUCCUGGAGGGCAUUGGUGGUGUCAGCUACAACGACCGCAAGAAGGUUCCUGACAGAGCCUGAGGUCCCCCGGCUGUAGCCAGCCUUUGCUUUGGGAGUUGUUUCUGUCUGUCAGAAGAACUCAGCGGUAGAAGUGUGGAGAAUCCCAACAUUAUUGAAGCAGAGGACUCCCCAGCUGGAAUAGCAUUAGCGAGGAAAUGCCAUAGAGGCUAAAAAAAGGAGGGCUGUGUACUUUUAUUAUUCAAGAGCAUGAACAGCAUGAUCCUUAUUGUAGUCGGUUAGCCGGCCUUCCUGACUUAAGGAGGGAGAUUUUUGCAGUGAGGGGAAGAAAUCCUUGGGUGACUGUGACUAAGAUUUCGGCAUUACUUUUGAUUGGUUUGAGGACGUUCUCUAGAUAAUUUAUAAAGUCACAUAGGCCACCUGUUUACACGAGAUGUUUGCUUUAUAAUUCCCGAGUAAAAUUUCCAAUAAUCGCCACA